ACCCGCAAUCUACUCUGGUAGACUAUUCACCUAAUGCAGUUAUAAUGGAGAGCUUGACCCGUGUCUCGCUCGAGUGGUCGGUCUCUAGUGACGAAGAAAUAAGCAGCUUGACGUCCAGAAGCUGAGAAGAAAAUUCUUUCUCCCGCUUAAUUCUCUUCUGCAGACGGGCAAGGGGAACCCUAUACCUCACACGAAACCAGAUCAUCGGUGAUUGAAUCUCCCGUCUCGUUGGAUCCGAGGUGCAAUGGCGUUCCAGGAGGCGAUCAAACAUUUUACUGCGCUGAUGGACGAAGGUCGGGGAAUGAACGAGCAACAGAGGGCUACGUUCCAGAACAUUCAUCAGGGAUAUCCAUCUGAUGCCAUAGUCCGGUUUCUGAAGGCCAGGGAGUGGAAUGUUCCAAAAGCACAUAAGAUGCUUAUGGAUUGCUUGAAUUGGAGAUUGCAAAAUGAAAUUGACAACAUAUUGUCUAAACCUAUAGUCCCAGUUGAUUUAUAUAGAGCCGUGCGAGAUUCACAGCUUAUUGGAGUAUCAGGAUACUCUAAGGAGGGCCUUCCUGUCUUUGCAAUUGGUGUUGGACAAAGCUCAUUCGAUAAAGCAUCGGUUCACUAUUAUGUGCAAUCACAUAUUCAGAUCAAUGAAUACCGAGAUCGUAUCGUUUUGCCUGCUGCAGCGAAAAAGCAUGGGAGGCAUAUUGGAACUUGCAUAAAAAUUUUGGAUAUGACUGGUCUAAAGCUUUCAGCUUUGAGCCAAAUUAAGUUAAUGACCAUCAUUUCUACUGUUGAUGACCUGAACUACCCGGAGAAGACAGAUACGUAUUACAUCGUUAAUGCUCCCUAUGUUUUUUCAUCUUGCUGGAAGGUUGUAAAACCUCUUUUGCAAGAACGGACAAGAAAAAAAGUACAAGUACUGCAUGGCUGUGGAAGAGAUGAGUUAUUGAAGAUUAUGGAUUACUCUUCCCUCCCACAUUUCUGUCGAAGAGAAGGCUCAGGCUCAUCGCGAUACUCUUCGUCGCCCGGUUCUGACAAUUGCUUCUCCUUGGACCAUCCCUUCCACCAACAGCUAUACAAUUACAUCAAGCAGCAGGCGCGCGGCCAUAUCCCUCCCCAACCCACAAAACAGGGCUCCUUCCAUGUAAGUCUUCCAGACCCAGACCCUGAAGGAGUUAAGAUUGCAGAAACCAUAGAAUCCGAGUUAAUCAAAUAUGAGGACCAGAAAACAACUGAGAAUACUAGUAAGCUCUCUCAUCCCAUGAAUAGCCUCAAAAUUUAUAGUGAAUAAUGAUUGAAAUAUUCAUGGUAAUUGGCUCUCUUACCUUAGAAAAAAUAUAUCAAAUUAUGUUUUUAUUACUUUUAUAUCCUUAACUCCAGCAAUAUGAUGAGCAAGAAGCUUAAAAAUAUGAUUUAUCACAUUACUGGGUAGCUGAGAAUUUGUGAGAGAGAAUUUGAGGCUCUCAAUAGUCUCAGCUGAUAGACUUACUAGGCGAUGUAAAGGAUUUUCAUAUCAUUGUAAUUCUAGUAUCACAUGAUAUAAUGUAAGCACCUGUAAUAUUAUAAUUAAAGUAAUAUUAAUCCUAAGCUUUUCAUUAAGCUUGUUCCA